GGACCUACACUCUUAUCUGCUCGGUGACCAGGAUGAAAAUGAAAAUAAUGCUAAUCAGCAAGCUGCAAACAAUAACCAGCAUGCCCGCAACAAUGCUGCCCCUGUUGUUGGUGAGGGACUUCAUGCAGCUCACCAAGCCAUACUUCAGCAAGGAGGACCUGUGGGGUUUCAGCCAUAUCGUAGGCCAAUAAAAUUUCCUCUCAGGAUCCUUUUGUUAAUAAUUUUCAUGUGCAUAACAUUACUCAUCGCAAGUCUUAUCUGCCUUACAUUACCAGUGUUUGCUGGUCGAUGGCUGAUGUCCUUUUGGACUGGAACAGCAAAAAUACAUGAGCUAUACACAGCUGCUUGUGGUUUGUAUGUAUGUUGGCUCACCAUUCGGGCAGCGACUGUUCUUGUAGCAUGGAUGCCUCAAGGUCGUCGAGUAAUUGCAUCAAAAGUGAAAGAAUGGUCCCUUAUGAUAAUAAAGACCUUAAUUGUUGCGAUUCUGUUGGCUGGCAUGGUACCGCUUCUUUUGGGACUUUUAUUUGAAUUGGUAAUUGUUGCUCCACUUCGGGUGCCUUUGGAUCAAACACCAUUAUUUUAUCCGUGGCAGGAUUGGGCUCUUGGAGUUCUACAUGCCAAAAUAAUUGCUGCUAUUACUCUGAUGGGUCCUCAAUGGUGGCUGAAAACAGUUAUUGAACAAGUAUACGCAAAUGGAAUACGAAACAUUGAUCUUCUUUUUAUAAUACGUAAACUGGCAGCUCCAGUCAUUUCUGUUCUCCUGAUGUCGCUGUGUGUUCCUUAUAUUAUUGCUUCUGGAAUUGUUCCUGUAGUUG